AUGAAUUUGGAAUCGUUGUCCAACGAAUUAUUACUCGAUCUAUUUGAAUAUAUUUCUGUCAUUCAUCUUCUUCGAGCUUUUCGUGGUCUCAAUGCUCGUUUCGAUGCUCUUCUAUUUACUCAUUUUGAAAUUUAUGGUCAUCUCGACUUUCAAUCUGUGUCCAAACAUGAUUUUGAUAUUGUCUGUCAACAACAUCUUCCAUCUAUCAUUGAUCGAAUUAUUUCACUUCGCCUAUCCGACGACGAUGAUACUCCACAACAAAUCGAUAUUUUCAUAUCGUAUGGCUUUACUCUUCGUCAAUUCCUUCAAUUACAAACACUUUCAUUAUAUUACUUGUGUUCAUACGAAACAACAAUGAAAAUAAUAGAAGAAUUACAUCAUUUGCCCUAUCUUACUCAUGUCAAUUUUAUCAAUAAUCAUUUUUUAUGUGACGAAACAGAUAGUGAGAAUAUGAUAAAUACUAUUUGGAGUCUACCAAAACUUACUCAUUGUCAUUUAAAUAUUAAUUUUCAUCAAAAUGAACGAUUUUUUCCUAGAUUAAAUACGAUCUCAUCAUCUCUUGAAUAUCUUUCUAUCGAAAAGUUUAAUUUUGAUUUAAGUAAAUUAGAUCAUCUAUUUCAACAUACACCACAUAUUCGAUAUUUUCAUGUACGUUUGUUCGAUCAUUCAUUCGAUCAACAAUUAUCCUGUUCUAUGCCAUUGGUGAUAAUAUUGAAACUUAUAAUUCAAACUACGUUAUAUCAAUUAGUGAAUCUUUUGCAAAAUUUGCCCAAUUUGUGUCAUUUGAAAGUCGAGACACUGGGCAUCGACUUAGAUGGGCAACAAUGGGAACAGAUAAUAAUUAAUCAUUUACCUAAACUUAAAAUCUUUCAACUUAAAAUGCAUAUUAAACUCGAGGAUGAUGAUGAUGAUGAUGAUGAUAAACAAUUAAAAAUUGAUAAAUUAAUCGCUUCAUUUCAAAGUCCAUUCUGGCUUGAUGAACAUCAAUGGUUUGUCCGAUGUCACUGUGUUGAAGAAUGUUGUCUCAAUAGUAUUGUACUCUACACAUUACCAUAUGCAUUUGGUUAUUUUGAUCCUAUUGUCAAGAUCUCGUCGAAAUCUACUUGUCCACAUGAAAAUGAUUAUUGGUCUUACAAUCGUGUACAUAGUUUGAUCUAUCGGACUCCCAUAGCUCGAGAAUCGGCUCUAUCUAAAUUUAGUUUUCCCAAUGUUCAUCGUCUUUGUCUCAGUCUUCCUUCUAAUGAUCAUUUUUGGUCUGUCGUUAUCACACUCGAUCAAUUGAUUUCACUUGAUCUAGCACUGCACGAUGAUGAUGAUAAUAGUAAUAAUCAUGUUCGAUCUCAACUGCAAGUCGUUCUUGAUCGAGCACCUCGUCUCUAUUCCUUAGCAUCCAGGUCGUGGUCAGAUUCUCAAAUGUGUCUCGUUGACAAUAGAAGUUUGUCAGUUCGUCGACUUGAUUUACAAGGAUAUGAUGAAGAUUGGCUCGAGGAGCGAUGGUUCGACGAUGAGUAUUGUGCUAAAUUAUCUUGCUCAUCACUUGGUAUUCAAUGUGAAGUGCUUCUCAUUCGAGUUGAACAUCGAACAACUAUAAUUGAUCUUGUCAAUCGAAUGACAAAUCUUCGAGCAUUAAAUAUCAAGUGUCGAGAUGAUACAUUCAAUGAGUCUAAUAAUCGAU